CUGACGGCAUCGUUAACAAAAAAAAAAAAAAAAAAAAAAGCAAAUAAGAAAAAACACACCGCCGGUUAAAAAUUUUCCGGCGAUUUUUCUCGAGAGAAAGUCUUCGAGUUUCAGCGGUAAAGAGAAAGAGACUGAUCCUCGAAGAAGACAGUGCACCGAUCAAAUGGUAUUGCGCGGUGAGAUGACGACGACGAGACCGGAGCCACCGAAGAGUCUCCAUAACUUCACGCUCCCGAAGUUGAGGUGGGGGAGCCAGCGACUCCUCAAGUGCAUGAAGAUCGACGAUUCCACGACUUCCGGCGAUCAUCGACUCCGCCGGCGAUCUUCGUCUUUGCCUGAGCAUCGGAGCAGCAACAACAACAACCAAGAUCGUCGCGAAUCUGCGGAGAACGGCGGCGGCGAGGAGGAGGAGGAAGGGAUCGAGGAGUUCAGGGUGAAGAUCAUGUCGGAUCUGAAGACGGUGAGGGACAAGAUCACUCAAUCCAUGUAUGCUCUCAAUGAGCAAGACGGAGAGGAGGUGAAGGAGGUUUCUCCGGCGAAGCCGUGGAAUCUGAGGAAGAGAAGAGCAGCAGCGUGCAAGGAACCGGUUGAGGAGAGGACAGUGAAUCCGUCGCCGCCGAGAGGCGGAGUCGUGGUGGAAGAAGCUGAGACGACGGUGCGGCCUAAGUUCUCCGUGAAGCUGUCGAAGAAGGAGAUCGAGGAGGAUUUCAUAGCGGCUUUUGGUCGCCGACCACCGCGCCGGCCGAAGAAGCGGCCAAGAACGGUUCAAAAAAAGCUCGAUAGCUUGCAUCCUGGGCUUUAUCUAGCUGAAGUGACGCUUGAUGCAUACAAGGUCCCAGAAGAAACCAAGAAUAUGCAGAGAUGAUGAUGAAAAGAUUGUGUGAUUCAGUUGCCGUUGAAGUUUCAAAGGGUUGUCAAUAUUUGAAAUUGUGGUCAAGCAAGCCUUCUUCACCUGCUCUGCUAGUUUUUUCGUUUCCUCUUUCUUCUCUGAAUAAACUGUAUAAAACGCUAUGGAGGGGAGAGAUACUGUAGGUUCCGGUUGAUUAAAUACAUAAUAAAGUUUCAUUUC